AAAUAUUUUGUUUAUUUCUAAAAACCAACCCUCCCAUGUGCGUGUGCUCGUCCCCUCCCGAUAUAGUGUUGGACCCAAGUGGGCACGCAGGUUGGGGAUGGUGGGGGAGCCGGAAGUGCCGUCCCCGGGCCUACGACGAGGGCGGAGACAGUGCCGGGGAUGGGGAGGGGAAGGGCUAUAGUGCCAAACGUCAAGACCCAGCCUCCACCUGAGCCAGCUGGCGCGUGCAACAACUACACUAACGUGGCGGGAGAUGGUGUCAGUAGUGGAGAGUGCGCGGCGCUGGGAGGUUCAUCUGUACGGCUCCUGCAGGUAUACUAACAAUUAAGCCUCCACACAUGCAUCAAGUUCUUCCUAGUGCUUGCCACUUUAAGGUGUGACAGUAGCGCGGAUCGGCGAAACAAGGCUGAGUGCCAGAACCUGAUCCAUUAAUCUGGCACCCUAUUGAUAUUACGCUAAAACCUGUGUCUCCAGCGUCAGUUCUGGCGUAUACAUUUCUGUGGAUUGGUUCAUUUGCAACUCAAGGAGCAGCAGCACUCUUGAAGUGACAACGUUUUCUUCAACACCUGCCUUAGUCAACAUCUUCCAGAUGCUCCAUCGCUAGUUUGACCGAGGCUGGUGUUGACAAGCCUGGUGUUGCCAAGGCUGGUGUUGCCAAGGCUUGUGUUGCCAAAUCUGGUGUUGCCAAGGCUGGUGUUAACAAGGCUAGUGUUGCCAAGGCUGGUGUUGCCAAGGCCAAGAUGCAGUACGACAACUUCGACAGCCUUCUCAAGACCUUAGGAGUGGGACGGUGGACAAUCUUCAUGUUUGGUUCAUAUUUCCUAUGGGCGGCCUUUCUGCCGUACUUCUCCCUGGGAGGAGCCUUCUACAACCCCAUGGUGGACCACUGGUGCCGCGUCCCCCAGCUCGCAAACUCCACCUGGACCCUCCAGCAGCGCCUCAACUAUUCCAUUCCCUGGGAGGACGCCGGGGGCCACCUGGAGAGGUCCAAGUGCAGGAUGUUAGUGAGGGACUACGACGCCGUGGAGGGGCUGGCCUGGAGCCCUGAGUUCACCACCACCCCAGAGGAGGCAAGAUCCUUCCCGACCCAACCCUGUGACCACUGGGAGUAUGACACCUCUACCUUCUCUACCACAGUCACCAUGCAGGUGAGGCCAAGUGUUCCUGCAUAUACCACAAUUUUUUUUGACAUGUAAUCAUCA